AUGAGACUCUUGGUAACUUUGAUUUUACUUAUUUUUGUUUUAACCGUUAGUGGUCAAUAUAGUUGUAGUAACCCAUGCUAUGGUAAUAUGUGUUGCUCUAUUCCAAGCAAUAAUGAAUAUUAUCUUACUACUUUUUGUGAUGAAUCUACUGCCUGUGGAACUCCAUGUUCAGCCCAAACUUACUUUACUGCAGAUAGUCAACGUUUUGGUUGUGGUGUAACAUUAACAAUUUGUUCAACAAGUGGUGGUUCAACAACAACUGGUGGAACAGGUUCUGCAGGUACCUCAACUUCAAGCGGAAGUGGAAGUGGAAGUGGUAGUGGUAGUGGUAGUGGAAGUGGAAGUGGAAGUGGUACAUCAGGUAGUUCUUCAAGUGGUAGUUCAAGUGGAAGUGGUAGUGGCAGUUCAAGUGGAAGUGGUGGUUCAAGUGGAAGCGGUAGUGGCUCAACUAUGGAAACUGGAGGUUUCUAUGGUGUUUGUGUUAAAGCAAUUACUAUUGAUGCUGGUCCAAAUAUUAGUGUUGAAGAAGAAGCAGGUAUGGCAAUUAUUGAUGCAUCAUCACAAAUUUGUCAAGAUCUCUUUGGUUCAUCAUCAUGUGGUUGGUCUGAUAAAAGAUCAAUUACAGCCGUCCAAUCAUCUGUUGAAGAUGGAUUCCCAGUUAACAAACCAUUCAAUGUCACUUUUGAAGAUUAUAAUAAAAUCAUUUCAAAUAGUUUAAUUUUAGAUCAACAAUGUUCAAAUAAAAAUAAUUGUAAAUAUAAUAAAUUAGAAUUAAUGAAAUAA